AUCGUGUUGAAAGAAAUUAGACGCGGCAAAGUUGCAUCAAAACUCAAAAGUUAGCUCAAUAUCCUCCAACAUUCGCCCUUCCUUGCUAACGUAGUCAACUACCUCUCUUGUCUCCUCCCAGAUUAAUUAAUUCACACCCAAAAAUUAAAGUUAAAAUUUAACCAUCAUCAAAUUCCAAUACUAUCCCUAUACGCACCAUGAUGAUGCUGGUCAACUGCUCCGGUUGCCGGACCCCACUCCAGCUACCACCCGGUGCCCGAUCCAUCCGUUGCGCUGUUUGCCAAGCCAUAACCCACAUCGCCGACCCACGCGCUGUCGUUCCUUCUCCAUCUCAUCACGCUGGGCCACCUGCUACUUCUCCACACUCCCACGCGCCUCCUCCUCCUUCGCCAUAUUCUCAGGCACCCCUUGUCUCUUCCCCGUCCGUUCACGGUCGUAAAAGGGCUGUUAUUUGUGGGAUUUCUUACAAAUUCUCCAGGCACGAGCUUAAAGGUUGUAUCAAUGAUGCUAAGUGUAUGCGAUAUUUGCUCAUUAAUAAGUUUCAAUUCCCCUCUGAAUCCAUCAUCAUGCUUACUGAAGAAGAAACUGAUCCAUACAAGUCUCCUACGAAACACAAUAUUAGGAUGGCAUUGUUUUGGCUUGUAAAUGGGUGUCAACCUGGAGACUCUCUGGUAUUUCACUAUUCUGGGCAUGGUUCACGACAGAGGAAUUAUAACGGGGAUGAAGCGGAUGGAUAUGAUGAAACUCUAUGCCCCUUGGACUUUGAAACACAGGGAAUGAUUGUUGAUGAUGAAAUAAAUACAGCUAUUGUCAGACCUCUUCCUCGUGGAGUGAAGCUUCAUGCAAUAAUAGAUGCAUGUCAUAGUGGCACUGUACUGGAUUUACCAUUUCUUUGCAGAAUGAACAGGAGCGGGCAAUAUGUUUGGGAGGAUCAUCGUCCGCGAUCAGGCGUAUGGAAAGGAUCGAAUGGUGGAGAAGUUAUAUCGAUUAGUGGUUGUGAUGAUGACCAAACCUCAGCGGAUACAGCUGCAUUGUCACAGAUAACUUCGACCGGGGCAAUGACUUACUGUUUUAUCCAAGCCAUUGAGCGUGGACAAGCAAGCACUUAUGGAAGCAUGUUAAAUUCAAUGAGGUCAGCGAUACGUAAUGUUGGUAAUGGCUCUGGAGGAGGAGGAGGUGGUGGUGGAGGUGGUGUUGUUACAUCUCUUCUGACCAUGCUAGUCUCCGGAGGAAGUGUUAGUGGUGGGGGGCUCAGUCAGGAACCGCAACUGACUGCUUGCGAGCCAUUUGACGUGUAUAUGAAACCCUUUUCUCUAUGAUUCACAUACAUUUUAGAUUUUACCCAUCAGAAAGAAUGUCUCGUUCUCAUAGAUGACCUGUUUUGAUUCUGAUUUGUUGUAAAUGAUUAAUGCAGAAUAAUAGAUGGUUUUAUGCCGAGUAACAAUAUCAUCAUUCUUUUCUUUUAACAAGUAGUCCGUACUCCCUUUUGGAGUAUGCAGUAUUGCAGUGUGUAAAUAUGGACCUGACAAAUCGGGAAUUUGUAGAUUUUAAUUACAGUAUUUGGUUUGAAAUAUCAAGUAUUUCUUUCUAUA